AUGCAGGCCCUUAUCAUGAUUGAGGACCCAAGAGAUGAAUGUCGACAAAACGUUGCUCUGAACAAAAUAACCACACAAUCGACAGACUGUGUUGGUUAUGAAGGUGCAUCUUAUUUGGCUGUAGAUGGUAACACUACAACCGACUUUGGUGAAAAGAAACCACACGCAUGCUCUUGCGCAAAAGGGACAUCUUCCACAUUCUGGAGUGUUGAUCUAGGAAAACCGUAUCCACUUCACAACAUAAGAAUAUUCCAUAGGAAUAAUGGUGUGGUCGAGUUUGGCGACCUCGCAAUGGAAGUGAAGCAAACAUCAACCUCAGGCCACAUGGCAUAUUUGGUGGUUCAGUCAUGA